GGCCGUUCGAGCCGCCCGAGUCGAGUCCUUGCCUUGUGUGUGUCCGCGACGUCGAUGAAAACAGGGACUCCACCCAUGGUCCGAGCCCCUGACAUGCCCAGCAGAACCGAUUCAGGGAGCUCCGAUGACGCGAAGCCAAGCACUGCGGCGGCCGACGCCGAGGCCCCAGCCGUGGUCGUGCAGCACAGCUUCGCAUCAGUGCAGCCCGAUUUGCCGCGCAAGCCCAACUACUGGAUCAGCUGUUGCAAGGCGUGCGUGCUGCUGUGCCUCGCGCUGCUGUGCCAGCCCAUUUGGUUCGGCACGGCGAUUGUCCUCUCCUUCGCCUUGACUGGAGUCAGCAUCGUUGCGGGGCUGCCCAUCGUCUUCCUCAUCCUCUACUUUUACUCCUUCAUGCCGCACAACGACCUCUACACGCAGCUGCUGCUCCUCUCGUACAAGGUCCUCUUCUUUGCACGCUACAAGCCGACCGCAAGAGGGGACAUGCUGCCGGGGCUACUGAGGCCCAAGGAGCAGCUGGAGAAGCGCGCCAUCGCCUACGCCGUCAAUAUCCUCGUGCCUCUCAGCUCGGAGGAGGAGUUCAAGAAGGACCGCAUCACCUUCACGUCCACGCUGGGCAUCCUCUUCGAGGAGAAUCUGCACCGGCUGCCGUACUACCAGCGCAACGCCGCGUUUGCUCCCGGCGAGGACCCGGUCGAGUACGUCAUGUCCUACGUCGGCGACGUCUUCCCUCAUGUCAACCAGAUUUACAGAGAAAAGACGAGCGACGAGGCGUGCACCCAGCUGGCCUUCUUCGGACUCGGCGCGCACAGAAUCGAGGUCGAGACCGAGACCCGCACAGACGAGCACGGCAACGAAGUCGAGGCCAAGAUGUACGUCGUGCGCACCAACCAGCUGUCGCAGUUGCCCGUCCGCGAGGGCUUCGAGACGUACGGCGGGGACGCAUAUUUCGACGCCGAGUGGCGGAUUGAGAAGAUCGUAAUCCAGACGCAGCUGUCCAGCGAGGGGCUGCCGGGUCCGCUCGUCACGGUCCGGCCCGGCGAGCGCGGCUGGGAGUACGCCAAGUUCUGUUGGAGGUCGUCCCUCUUCUCCCUCGUCACGCUUGUCGACCACCUCUACGGCGUGCACAUGCAGGCGGGCAACGCGUGUGUGGUGGCCAUGCGGCAGCAGCUCUCGAAGGACCACCCGAUACGGCGCUUCCUGACUCCGUUCUCCUUCCAGACCAUCUCGGUCAACGACAACGCCCGGAACAACCUCGUCAACCCUCGCUCGAUGGGUCCGCGCUGCUUCGCCCUCACGGAUAUUGGGAUGGACCUCGCCUGGUCCGCAGCGCCGACGCUGCUGCAGUCCGGCGUCGAGGCCGCCAAGGCGCAGACGGAUCCCAAGCUGUACUGGCGGGCGCUCCUCGACCGCGGCUGGUACAUUGAGAACUGGGUGAAGCCGCGGCUGGGCAAGCUGACGCCGUGGUGGGAGCAGGCGCUCGAGUUCUGGAACGUGCAAAAGGCGUUCGUCACAGCGUUCAUGGAGUCGUACUGGUCGGGGCCCGAGGCUCUUCUACAGGACAAAGAGGCUUUCAAGUUCCUGGUGCAGUCUGUGAGCAUCGUCCAGUCCACGAGCUCCGAUGCAAUCACCCACCUCGCCGAGCUGCCCGCCGAGCUGAGCGCCGAGAUCUUUUGGGACGCCACGAUCAACCUGAUCGCACGCUACACAAACCUCGUCACCGCGGGUCACGAGCAGGUCGGAACUGUCCCGGUUUACGCGCAAGACGCGUCCUUCUGCGCCUUUGCGUGGAAAAAGGGCGAGAUGAUGGCGACGAAGCAGGCGGCGCUCAACGCAGCGGUGCUGAUGGCCUUCACCUCGACGCCGAUGCCCCCUCUGAUGCGCAAGACCGAGGAGGACGACUGGUCCUUCCUCUUUCCUAGCGAAUGGAAGUCGGCAGACGUGCCCAGCCCCAAGGCUCGUGCAGACGCGGCGUACAAUCAGUUCCAGGCGGAUCUUGCUCGGCUGGAGGUGAAGUACCAGGCCUUUAACGACGCUGCUCUUGCCGCCGACGCUACCUUCCCAAACAACUUUGGCAUCUGGGCACACCUGAAGCCGGGCGGCACGGCGUCCGGUGUCUUCAUCAAAUUCGUCCUGGUGGCGGACAAGCCGUUCAUGCGGCACGUGUGCGGCUGCGCGAGCCACAACCACAACUCGUUUGGCGCUCCGUUCUGCAACUGCGAAGACAAGGACGCGACUCACGACGACGGCUGCGGCCUGUACAACCUUUCGCACGACCCAGCCACGCACUACAACGGCUCUAUCACGCCCGAGGUGCUGGCGGCGAGGGCGCAUCUGCCGCUGUGGUACGUGCUCGGCAUGGAGGAGCCCGACCAGUGGCGAGUCCAGUGCGACAAGUGCGGCACGGUGAUCGACAGCAAGAACGGCGGCCUCGCAAAGAUUAAGGAGGUGGAGAAGCACCUCGCCGAGCUCUCCCCGGCCGAACGCAAAAAGGUGCACGAGGAGCACGCCAAGAAGUGCGGCGGCCAGCAUCUCCACCACGGUCCGCUGCUGCCCUACCACCACGCCGCGUACGACCCGAUGCACGGCUUCCACUCCGAGAUCAACGCGCUCUUUGAUGAGUCCGUCAACCAGUACCUCGCCAUCCGUCCGAACGACUCCAAGUCGAUCAAGCAGCUGAAAGAGCAGACGCAGGCCGACUUGAACGCCCGCUGGAAGAAGGAGCAUCUGCCAAAGUUCAUCCAGUGGGGCGAGGACGGCAAGGGCAGCAAGUUCUCGCAGAUGAACGGGCCGACGAUCCGCCGCGUCUUUGCAGCGCCGAGGCUCGUCACGGAUACCUUUGACCUGAUGGCGAAGGGCGCAGGAACUGGCGCCAAGGAGGUGGGCGCCUCCGCAGCCAAGGCGGCCGGCGGCACGAAGAAGGGCAAGGGCGGCAAGGGCAAGGGCAAGCCGAAGCGGAAGGCAAAGGAUCGGGUCGUUCGCAUGACCGACGCCUGCUUGGACUCGAGCGAGGACGAGGCCGCGGAAACCGCGGAGGCGAGCACUGGCGACGGGCACCGCGUCGGGGCGGCCUUCCUCGCCAUCAUGUCCUUCCACGACUGCAUUCGUUCAAACCACAAGCGGUCUGCCAAGGAGAUCACUAUGGACGAACGACUGGUGCUCGCGCGCAAGGCUACCCGCGCGGCGCUGCGCAUGGAGAAGGCGAUGCUCUCUCUCAUCGGCACGCACCGGCGACGCACAUACGCGCACGACAUUGUGUACGGGACGCACAUGCUCUAUGUACUGUACGGCCGCCCGUGGAACGCCGCCACUGAGGGCAGCGAGCACGAGCACCAGAACAUGAAGAAGUACUUCGCGAGGAUGGUGAAUCACCGCACAAAGGGCGCAGACGUGCUCGGCAUCCUCCGGCUCUCGCACGCGUACCGCGCGCUGAUGCAGACGGACGCGGUCCACUGCCUCCCGAGGACGGGGUACGCCGCAGGCCGCGCCAACAUCACCUUUGCGGCGAAGGAGGGUGCGGUGGUCAAGCGAGCGAUGUGGAGGGUGUGAUUAUGGGUGAGAGCGUACCUGGUAAUCCUUGAUUAGUUCUCUUGGAUCUGGU